UGACGCGAUGGGAGUGUGAUGUGAUGACAGGUUGGGGAUUUCUUUUCUGUGGGGAGUACGUAAAAAUACACUAAAUAUUAUUUAUGUAAAUUAUAGUGAAGUAAAGUUAAAUUGCAUUAUCACUAUUAUCAAUUGUAGUCUGGUGGUGUCAGUGGUAUCAAAUUAUGAUAAGUUUUUAGAUAGUAUUCAUUUUUGUUUAUUUGAAUAAAAUAUGUUUUCAAUUUAUAAAGAUAUGACAUGAAUAUGAACCAAGGUUAUUUGCCUCCUUGAAAACUAUUAUGUCAUUAAGACUAAUGUCUGCAGUAAUAGCAACUUCAGUGUCUAAUUCAAACAAAGUAGACGACUCUGAAAGACUCCUAAAACAAUUAUUAGAAUGUGUUCAAGAAUGUCAGAAAAGAUACGGAGGAAAAACUGAGUUAGCAACUGAAUUUGAUAGUUGUGUUGCAGGAUUGUGCUUCUCUUUAGAAACAGUUUUUCUUCACGGAUUAAGAAAUAAACCUUAUGCGAAUGUUGACCAUUCGUCAUCGACGUUGAAGCAGGUCUCUGAUAUUGUAGCACAAAGUUUAAGCAUUGGAAAUGAAAAUUUAUCAUUUUGGCCAUUUGUUAAAAAGCAUCUAACAAAACACGAACAGGAACGUUAUGCAGUACUGAAACAUAUUUGGACUGAUACGGGCUGUGGAAGAGCUUGGAUUCGUUCUGCUUUAAAUGAACGUUCUUUAGAAAGAUAUUUUCAUACUUUACUGAGUAAUUCAAAUAUAUUAAAGGAGUAUUAUGAGUCUUGGGCUAUAUUACGAGAUGACGAGAAGAAUAGUAUGUUGCCUAAUAUGGCAGCAGGUUUAGGAUCUAUAUUAUUUGCUGUCAGUAUCGAUAAACCUGAAUUAAAUAGUGGUAUCACUCACAGACCAGAAAUUUUUAAAAGCAAGGCAGAGCCUAUUAUUCAAGCACCAGUCCCAGUGGAGACAAAGGACAAAAAGGAAAAAAAGAAACGAAAAGUAGCACGCCAGUUCAUUUCGUUUGAGGAUGAUGAUAGUAUCCUUUCUACAAGUGUUCCUUCUAGUUCUAGCAGUACUGCAUCAGACAGCAAUUCAAUAGGAGAAAGUAAUUCUUAUAAAACGAGAUCCAAACACUCUUUCAGUCAAAUAAACAAAGAUAAAACUAAUAAAAUGAAUGAAGUAGACAAAAAUACUGUAAAUGAAGAAAACAAACACCCUAAAGUGAUUAAAAAACUCUCUAUUGAGAACAGUGGUUCUCGAGAUAAAUUUUCCUCUACAAUUCCUGAAACUUUGACUCCUAUAGCUGAAACGGGAGUAGGUGAAUUAACACCUGUGUCUGUAGAGCUUAACAAGAAUUUUGAUUCACCAGACAUUUCAGAUGACAUUUUAGAACUACCAACAGACAUAAGUGCUGUACUUACAGCGGUAGAAAUUAAAAACCAAGAGGAAAUUCACAAAAGGGAUGAGAAAAUUGUAUUUUUAGCAAAAGAAAAUGAAUCUCUGAAAGAACAAGUUAAAAAGUACGUUAGUGCAAUACAAAUGUUAAGGAGAGAUGAUGAAGGUCUGCAGAAAGCUUUGGAGGGUUUGCAGAUCGAUCAACAGCCAGAUUAUAGGAGUGAAGCCAAAAUUUUUGAAAAAAAAUUGGUCCAAGUUGCUGAGAUGCAUGCAGAAUUAAUGGACUUUAACGUUGUACUUCAACAAACCCUUUGUCAAAAAGAUGCCCUCUUAGAGAGGUUGAAAAGCGAAUUGGAGUCACUAAGGGGACCUAUGCCCUCUGACAGUUUAAAUUCCGAGGAAGGGGGUAAUGUAAAUGUGUGGAUUCCAUCUGCUUUUCUAACAGGAACUGGUUCCAAUUCUCAUCAUGUCUACCAAGUGUAUCUAAGGGCGGGUAAUGAUGAAUGGAACAUUUACCGAAGAUAUGCUCAAUUCUAUGUACUCCACACUGAUUUAAAAAAAUUAGAUCCAGUUGUGGGAACAUUUGAUUUUCCUCCAAAGAAAAGUAUAGGAAAAAAGGACUCUGCAUUGGUAGAAGAUAGACGAAAGAGAUUACAAAUAUAUCUAAGAAGAGUUCUUGCUCAUUGGCCAGAGCUGUCACACUGUAAUAGUAGAUUCUUACUAGAACAACAUUUAGGUUUCUUCAAGGAUCAGAGGGAAGACGUGAAAAAUAAAAAAAAUAUUUUUUCUGCAAGAAGACCAGGGGAGUCAUCUAAUAAUUAUUCAGGGCUGUAAAAUUGUCGGUGAUAAGUUAAAAGUUAUUUAUUAUUUUAAUAAUUUAAUCAAGUAGCAAAUAUAUUGUUAAUAUGUUAUAUUAACGUAUAAAUUGUAAUUAAUAAAUAUCACAGAAAGACAGGUAUAAACAUCUGGGCUCCAUUUUAAUAUUAACAAUUUGUUAAUUAAAAAUGUUUUGCAAGGAAAAAUAUUUCAUCAUCACUGGUGCAACACUAAUUGGACCUUGACUCCAUUUCUUAAGAAGUUACUAUCUCUUACCAUUCAUUGCCAUUAUUGACACCAUUUCUGUAUCUCAACUUUUGUCUUCAUCUAUCCGCAUAUACUGAUUCUUCAUGAUCUGGAAGGCCCCACUGGGUUCUGCAGGCUAUAAUUGUCCAGUUUUUUUUAUAGUAAUAUAUCUGUGUUGUGCUAUUUGUAUUUAACAUUCACUGAGUACGGAAACUUUGAGCAAAAAAUUUUGUGGUGAUUCUACUUAUGACAAUAAUAUACGAGUUCCAAUAACAUUUUUUUUGAAAACUCAUUAAGGGAGUAACAUAACUUAAAAAUUGUUUUUUAAAUUACUAUUUUGCCAUA